GAAUAUAGACCGAAAUGACGCAGUAAAGAAAAACGUUUGAAUACUUGCUGUCAAAAUGAAGCCGAAGUUGCCUUGUUGUGAAAUUAAUAAAAACUAUCCCAGUAUUUCGAAGCCAACUAUUCCAAAAUUGUUCCCAGAGAAAACUGUGGAAUGUGAUCAUUGUCAGUGCGUAUUUGAAAAGAAGGAACAAUUAGAUGACCCCAUUCGUGAAAUACACGAAGUACAAUUCUCCGGCAAACGAAAAUUGGGGUGCUGUGAGCGAAACGAAAACAAACGAUCGAGAAAGGAGCAUCGUCCUACAGCACACCGUGGAUGGAAAAUAAGCAACAAACAAUUGAAAAAGGAGCAACGUCAUCACGAAUGCUACUAUUGUGAAUGUGAGUUCCAGAAGAAACAUGAAUUGAAGAAUGAUAUGAGGAAUGUUCAUCAAUGCAAAACAUGUGGCCAAAUUGUGUUAACCGAGGAGAUUCGAGCCCAACACCAAAUCAAGCACGAAGAAGAACAACGCAAAAAACAAGAAUUGGAGAACAAGCAGAAGGAAAGAGACGAGGAUCUUGUGCUCAAUUAUUUGCUGAAAAACAAAAUUGAUGAAUACCAACCCGAUCCUGACUACGAGCCUGACUACGACAUCAUUUUUCAUACUUAUGGUAAACGCAUGGGAAAAGAACAAUUGUUGAAAUUUGUGAAAAAAUUUGAGCAUGCAAAUCCACUCUGUCAUUAUGAAGAUUACACCUUUACAUUCGAUCAAAUAAUCUACUUAUUGGAAAAUGGUGGAGUGAGCGUUGAAGAUGUUGCUGGAUUAAUAGACUAUUUGACAUAUUCAUUGGGCGAUGAUAAAAUUACGUCGGAGUUGGUUGCUUACUUUUUGAACAAAGGCUAAGAAAUCAAACGCGAAUGGGUUGCUAAAGCAAUCAAAGACGACGCACUGAUGGAACGCAUAAAAGAGAAAUACACAUACACAUUUGACGAAGUAUAUAAGGCACGUGAAGAAGAUUCGUUUUUCGAUUCAAGAGCUCGUGAUGAAUUCUACGUGCAGGUUCAUAAACAUUUUCCCGAUCCUGAUUUUGAAGACCCGUUUGCCGAUCCGUUCAUCGAUUUUGAACGUGUUUCAACCGAACAUGUCCAUGAUCAUCUGCAGAACCGUUAUUUUUAUGAUGAAGAGGAUGAUGACUUAUCCAUUGUUAUCGGUUGGGGAGACGAGCGGCAGGAUAUUUCAUUGGGUAGCUGUGAAGGAUUGUUGAACAUGAACUUACAAGAUUUGAUAGAACGAUACAACAAAGCAACAGCGGAAUACGACAAAGCAAAUGAUACAGUCAGCGAGCUGUUCAAGAAACGUGAAGAGGAACUUGACGCUGCAUCAACAGAGAAGGAAAGAGAGGAUAUAAGAGAUCACUACUACUAUGAAAUUUAUAAAGAUGGAGCUCUGUCGGAACGGAAUCACAUAGCGAAUGAGGUGUCGAAGCUGUAUUUCGUCAUUGCACAGAAGUGAAUUACAACAUUUUUUUAUUGAAGCCCGAAACCACCCAAGAAACACAAUGGCGCAAAAGGAGAGAUAGAUUUUUGGUUGGUUCGCAAAUCGAUGCCGUAUUAGUUUUAGUACAUCCCACAAUAGAUUAAAAAACCGAUUGUUCCGCCUGAAUCUGAAUGCAAAGGAAAUGGAGCAAAACCGCUUGGAUUCUUCUCUAACGAAAUGAUAGCUCAAAAUCGUUUCUCUUUUCUUUUGGCCAUAAAACUACCAAUCUAAACGAUCAUAGAUUUAGUAUUCGGUAUUCAUUAUUCUUUAUAUUUACUUUCUAAGAUUACAGGUCCAUACACAAAAAAUAUACUUAAACCGAUAAAGUCUUACUCGUGAUGUAAAACCAAAAAUGAUUAAAUGAAAUAAAUAAUUGAGAAAAGGAUGUCUCUACAAA